ACCUGCCAAUCAGGAGGCAGUUCUUCCCUCAUGGGCUGAAACCCAAGUUACCGGAAGUCAUGGGGGCGCCAUGUUUGUACACCCGGCAGAUGCUGAGCGGAAGUGUUCUAUUCCGGACCUAGACCCGGAUAGACACUGGUGACCUACCGCCAAGUAGACACGUCAGUGGCACCUCCCGGGUGCUCACCGGUUUAUGGAGGCCCUGGGAGGGUGAUGGACUAGUUGUGCCAUGGAGAAACUAGGUAUGAAUUUUGGAAGUGGCCCAAGCAAGAAAGAAUUGCAAGAUUUGGUGGAAACUCAGCGGAAGCAGUUGCUGCAAUAUCAAACUCGACUAAAGGAUGUUGUGCGGGCAUACAAGAGUCUCUUGAAGGAGAAGGAAGCUUUGGAAGCCAGUCUUCAGGUUUUGUCUACUUCUCAGGAACCCAGAGCACUGUCGUUAGAUGUUGAAGAGCCAAAUGAUGACCAGCAGUCUAUACAUAGUGAAGACAGUGUGGAUACAGCAGGCAGCUUUCCUAGUGCCAGGGGAGGAGAAACCAGUGAGGAUGAAAGACUGGAGUGUGUACAGCCUGUUGGUGGUACAGAAGAGGCAAGUGGUUCAGAGAGCGGGGUCAGCACAGCUAGUGGAGAAGGUGGGCCUUCCACCCCCGCAGAUACAGACAGAAGAAUGGUGCAAGUUAAGAACCAGCUUACCACUCUUACCAGUGCAUUGGCUACAGUUACACAAGAGAAAUCUCGCAUGGAGGCUUCCUACCAAGCAGACAAAAGAAAGGCAAAGCAGGAGAUGGAAGAAACAGUUCAGAGAAUGCAAGAAGAACAUGACAACUUUUGGCAGGAGAUUCAGGGGUUACAAGCUCAGCUGGCUGAGACCAAGACCAGGCUCAUAAGUCAGCAGCAUGACCGUGCACAAGAGCAAGCGGACCACUCGGUAAUGCUAAAGGAGCUGCAGCGUCUAGUGCAGGGAGAGCGGGACCAAAGGCAUGAAGUUGAACUCCGCUUAGAAGAGGCACGGCAGGAUCUGGCAGGGAGAUCAGAGCUUGCAGUCAGGGCAGAGGCAGCGGAAGACCAAGGCAAAAGGCUACGUAAGGAAAUUGAAGAUUUAAGAAAGCAACUGCAGGAGGCAAAAAGACAGAAAGCUGAACCUGACCCUGCAGUACAGGAGCUGCAGGAAGAGUUUUGUGCUGUGAAGAAAGAAAUGGAAGCUCUGCUGCAAGAGGAGAGGCAAAAGCGGCUAGCGGAGGAGCAACAUAACGUGCAGAGAUUCCUUCAAGAAGAAGAAAGAAUGCGUUCCCUUGAAUCUCAGGUGUCUGAGCUAUCUGAGCUUUUGGGAGCAGCAGAAACAUCCAAACAGAGGGAUCAAAUCGCUAUCCGGAAACUACGAGACCGAGUCAUUCAGUUGGAAACAGAAAAUAAAACUAUCGCUAUGGCUGCUUCACUGCAAACCCCUGCUGAAUCUCUUCUAAAUAAACCCCCCAUAGCAGAAGACAAUAAUGAUGUGCAAGAGCCUCAUGGAUCUGUUCUGUUUUACCAACAAGAACUCCAGCAGUUAAGAGAGGAGUUUGAGCGUUACAAAGCUCGAGCUCAGGGGGUGCUGAGGACCAAAGGGGCACGGGAUGGAGAGCUGGAGGCUGGAAAACAAAAAAUGGCAGAGCUAAAAGAGAAAUAUGUCUCCCUGAGAUUGGCGGCUGAGGAGGCAGAGAACAAGCACAAAAUUGAGAUGGAGGCUGUCCGGAAGGAGUUGGUACUAUCAGCUCAGGCUCACCGACAGGAGCUUGAGCAUGUAAGAAAAGAGAGCAGAGAUAAUAUGGCACGGAUGGAAGAAGAACUGAGACAGCACAGAGAGAGGGUGUUGGCUGUGCUAGCAGAGAAAGAGCAGGAACUGGAGAAACUGAGAGAGGCCAAGAUUCCAAAUGGCAUCCCCCCACCAUCACUAGACCCUUUAGAUAAUGGUUUAGAGCUUCCAUCCAGCAAUUCCUCUGGCCUUCUUGUUUAUGUGGAACAGUUGUCCCGUAAAGAAGCUGAGAUUGGAAUCCUGAGGCGGAAAAAGCAUGAGCUGGAAGCAGAAAUACAAAGUAUGCAUGAACGGUUCGCAGAGAAAGGCGAGGAGAUGCAAAAUUUGCGUGAACAGGUUCAAAAGGCUCUACGGGACAGAAGCCGAGAAGGGGCAAACAUGGAGUAUCUGAAAAAUGUGUUGUUGGGAUUUUUAACGAUGUCAGAUCCCUAUGGGAGACAACACACUUUAAGUGCACUUCUCACAGUCCUACACUUCUCCCCAGAGGAGCGAAAUGCAGCUAUGCGGGCCCAAGAUAGCAGUAGGUGGUGGGUAGGAGGAAAGAGGUGACUUAAGAUUUCAGGCUUUCGCCAAUACAGAAGGCAAAAUUCGGUGGACUAUAAUGACUUCUUGCUAUGGGGGCAUACUAAUGCACAAUUGUAAACUGCAUUAUAGUGUUUAUAGUGUUUUUUUAUUUAAUCCUGGGACCAGUUAGAUGCUGACGAGUAGAUGAUGGAUGGGUACAACCUGGUUAGGGUAUUUAAGGCUUUAUGUUCUCUCCCCCCUGCAUACGUUUUGUAAUUUGGUGUUCUAUUGGUUUUAUCAAAAUGUUGAAAGCGGCUGUACAAAGACAGGCUGAUUUAAAAGUGGUCGUAUAGGC